CAUCAGAGAGGCAUAUUAUGAGUUUUCAGAAUGACUUCCUUGGCUGACGUGCCCCUGAAUUAUGAAAAGAUGUUUGCUCAUCGAUUCACAUCGGAUGAUGAAGAAUACCAAGAGUAUCUGAAGCGCCCUGCAGAUCCCCCUCCUAUAGUUGAAGAAUGGAGAAACAGAUCUGGUGGCAACCAGAGAAACAGAGAUCGGUUUCAAGAUGGUAGAUAUUUUAGAGGGGACAGAUACAACUGGCAAGGUGACUAUAGAUCUAAUCAGAGGCCAGAAAGAGGUUGGGGUAAUAACUACCAGCAGCACAGACAAGGACAAUCGUACUCCUCCCACUAUGGACAAUAUGGCUACAACUCCUACAACCCAGGGCCUCGUUACCAUCCCUACUGAUGAUACUUGUGGUUUGAAAGUCCAGUAAUGCUAUGUAACAGAUUCAGUUAGACUUCAGUUUUCUUAUUUUUCCACAGUUUUAUAGAUAACUGAAGAAUCAGUAUUACAGUCCAUUGCUGUUUAUCUGUAGUGUGAAUUGAAAAAGGGAAUACCUUUUAUGAAUAAUAAAAGCGUAUUAUACGGAGUUUGUUUAGAGUCCGUAGAUCUUAGAUUAGAUUUCUAUCUCAUUCUUUUGUCUGAAUACAUACUAGUACGCUUCUUUUCUUCACUGAGAUUUCUCUCCGUUACAUUUUAGAAAACACAACAGUCGGGGAAAAUAGCUGUGGUUUGUGUGCAGCCUGUAGCAGUGGCACAUUGCCUUGAGAUAGUUCUUUUUGAAAGUGACAUACUGUGUCUUUCUCUGGAGAGAAUUUCUUAAUUUGGCUUUCGAUAGCGAGAAAAGCUCAGUUUGGUUUGAAUUUCAGAUGCCUUAAAACUGAGAAGAGAGAUGCUAUUACAAAAAUAUUUUACGGGGUCAGCAUAGUGUCUGUUGACUCAAUGGCUUCAGUUUAUUUGCAGUAUUCCUCUUAAAACAUGGUCUAAAAGUUGGAAUAAAAAUUAAGUAGUUUAAAUAUGUAUCUUCUUAUUUUAGUAGUUCGGCGAUAUACAAGUUUUACCUGAGAAGCGAUACCAGACUUAGAUUAAUUUGUAUCAUCUUAAAAUAAAUUUGGUAUGUGCAUAAAAAAUUUUGGAAUUCCCAUUUCAGUAAAGCUGUAACAUUUUGAUGAUAAUUGUAAUUAGUUUGUAUGAAAUACUUUGUGCAUGUUAUAGAAGAAAGGAACCAUAAUCAGUACUGUUCUGUACUUUUUUGCAUGUGAAAAUAGCAUGAGCAGUGAGGACUGUUAUUCAGUUCCUAGAAUUUAAGUUCUGUGGGUUUUUUAAGUAUUCAGACAAUAAAAGUAUAGUUCACGUGUAA